AUUUACUGCAGUGCAGUAAACAUCGUUGCUGGAUUCUGCUGCUCACAUUAGCCUUAGUGUUAGUGACAUUAGCGGUCUGGUGUGCAGUUUAUGCGAAGACGUCAUAUCCAUGGGCAAGUUCUAGGGACAUCAUAACACCAUAGUGCUGCUCGCAUAAGGCGUCUGUGUGGUGUCGUAGGUAGCCGUGCCUUGCGAGCCACGAUGGCGAAGGUGUCCAAGAUUCGCAGUCAACAACUAAAUACCGCCGUCACUAAAACUAAAGCAGCGCUGAACAUCGAAGAAGUGGCAAGGCUUGAAGUCGGUGAAACUCCUGAAAUCAAAGCAGACUCCUUGUUACGGCUACGCCAACUGUUAGAAGGGGAGCCAUCCUUGAAGAUUCCUUCGAGCGAUGACCUUCUGGUAAUGUUUCUGCGAGCCAGAAAAUACAGAGUAGAAGAGGCCUCCCAAAUGGUGAAAAACUACUUCCGCGCGCGGCGAGAUCUACCGGAAUUCUUUCAUGAACUUGUCCCUGAGAAAGUUCCCUUCAGAACCAUUUGCCACGACCACAAACUUCUAAUGAUAUCGCCUGAACCAGGCGAGUGUGGCCGGUGCAUGGCAGUCAUGAAAGUAGGUGCUUGGAACCCUGACAUCUGCAGCCUUUUGGAUUAUACCAGAGCAGGGAUUCUGUUGAGCGGCAGCUGGCUCCUUGAAGAUGUUCCAUCAAUAUGUGGGAUCGAGUGUGUCUUGGACAUGAAGGGACUAAACAUCCAUCAUCUGACGCAGCUCACACCAUCGUACCUGAUGAAAUUGGCUAACAUUACACAGGACUGCUGUCCCGUACGGAUAAAGGCUGUCUACAUAGUAAACUACCCGAAGAUCUUUGAAGUGCUCUUUGCCGCAAUCAAGCCGUUCCUGCGCAGCAAGCUGCUAAGCAGAGUCCACUUCGUUGGCGGCGAAGCUUCUGAGUUUUGGGGCCGCUUUCCAGGCGACCUCGUACCAGCGGAAUUCGGCGGGAGGCGUGAGCAGUUCGAUUAUGAUCGCCAAGAGAAGUUCGUGCACAGCAGCAGCGCCUUCUUCGAAAGCUUGUGCACCUGCGGAUACAGAAAGAAUAAGACCUGAUAAGAGAUUCAUAAUUCAGUACCCGACAUUCAACGGAGCUGCAAUCAUUCCCAUAAAUAUCACUCGACUGACCCGAAAGGUUGUAUAUGCUCUGGCCGAAAAUAUUUGUUCGCAUAAAACUG